AAACCUUUUCCUUUGGCUUAAAACGGUUUAUGUUGCGACGAAACGUUUUGAAACAGAAACAGCGCAAUGAAUAAAUCCUUGAUGUUGCAGUUUAUUGAGAAGGGACAACAGUCCAAAGAGGAUAUAUUCGGUAUUAUCUGUGUCGCUUUUAUUAGAACAUGAAUUAAAACAUAGGCCCAUAUCCUCCUUUAUUCGAAUAACCUACACUGACUGAGUCACCGGCUCUGUGGACUUCGAACUCGCAUUACACCUGUCUUCACAACAAGGAAGUAUUGAAUCCUUCGUUCGUACCUUUUGAAAGGAAGCCAUUUCUCAUAGCAAGCUCACUGGUAAUGGUAUUCGAUAACAUCAGCUAAAUCGUCUUUAUUUCUUAAUUGUUCCAGUCUAAUUUAUUUUUGAGAAACGGCACGAUUUUCACCUACCCCGUUCCAUUUGAAGUCUAUUUCGCUCAAUGUGGAUAUACCAGUAACGUUAGGUCAAGGCCAUCGAGUCUACAGACCGCUAAGAUGAACAGCUCAGCAGAGGCGAUGGCGAUGGACUCGGAAGUCCCCCAAAAUGAGUCUCUGAUGCGUUUCGCAUCUCCAAUUCUUAACAAGUCAGACAUAUCCAACAUGACAAUAAUUCAAACAGGGAAUGGGACUAUUGUGGCACACGAUAUCUUCUUGAAUACGACCGCUGCUCAAGCUCUGUCGGGGAUCUUCGUCUGGUCAGCGCUGCUCCUCACUUGCCAUCAGAUCUACACACACCUGAGGUCCUACACAGUCCCUAACGAGCAGCGCUACAUCAUUCGCAUUCUUUUCAUCGUGCCAAUCUAUGCGUUCGACUCCUGGCUCAGCCUGCUCUUCAUCAGCAACGACCAGUACUAUGUCUACUUUGACUCCGUCCGAGACUGUUAUGAAGCAUUUGUGAUUUACAACUUCCUAAGCCUGUCCUUUGAGUACCUCGGGGGAGAGAGUGCCAUCAUGUCCGAGAUCCGAGGGAAGUCCAUUGAGUCGAGCUGUAUAUAUGGUACCUGCUGCUUAGGUGGAAUAAGCUACUCUAUUGGCUUUUUAAGAUUCUGUAAACAGGCCACUCUUCAGUUCUGUGUCGUCAAACCCAUCAUGGCCGUCAUCACCAUCCUCCUGCAGGCCUUUGGCAAAUAUCAUGAUGGAGACUUUAAUGUGAAUGGAGGAUACCUCUACAUCACCAUCAUCUACAACAUCUCUGUCAGCCUGGCCCUGUACGCUCUCUUCCUCUUCUUCUUCGCUACCAGUGACCUGCUGAGGCCUUAUGAACCCGUGCUCAAAUUCCUCACCAUCAAAUCUGUCAUCUUCCUGUCCUUCUGGCAGGGUAUGGUGCUGGCCAUCCUGGAGCGCUGUGGGGUCAUCCCUAACGCCCUGUUUAUCGACGGCCAGGAGGUGGGGGCCGGCACAGUGGCAGCAGGCUGGCAGAACUUCAUCACCUGCAUCGAGAUGUUCUUCGCUGCUAUCGCCCUGCGCUACGCCUUCACCUGCACCGUGUACCAGGAGAAGAAGAACGAACUUCCAGGGACACACGACAACAUCGCCCCCAUGCAGAGCAUCUCCAGUGGUCUGAAGGAGACGAUGAACCCUGGGGACAUGGUCCAGGAUGCCAUCCACAACUUCUCCCCAGCCUACCAGCAGUACACCCAGCAGUCCACCCAGGAGGUGGUACAGCCCAGCCAGAACAACGGCAAGGCAGGCACAGGUGGCAGCAGCAAGAGCUCCAAGAAAUCUGACAAAGUCCUGCUGAUUAUCUCUGAUGACGAAUUCUAAGGAGCCGCCCACCACCACGAGUAUCCAUGUCUUUGUUUCCUCACCACACCCAGGACAACACUGGCACCGCAUAUCCCACUGUCAGACCUGGCAUCCAUCCGUGUGGUUCAUUUUCAUCUUCUUUCAUUUUAUUUUUUUAAGAUGAACUCUUUACUUUAGUCCUGGUUUUAAAGUAACUGUCCAGUGUUUCCAGAUUUCUAUGAAAUAUGAUCUAUAUAUAAUUAAUUACAACAUUUGGGAAAGUUUUCCUUCCAAAAAUGUUUAAGUAUGCAGUUUUUCUCUGUUGGAAUGGUGUCAGCGUACCCCAACAAUAGAAUGGUGAGGUAAAAAUAUUAAUGCGAGUAGAUAGCUGAGGAGGAUGACAUCAUCCUCUAUGAGGAAAUGGCAAGCAUGUUUUAAGCGGUCUGUUUGAAAUACAAGUUUGAGGUGAGGUUUCUGAAGUGUUUUUCUCCAACUGAUGCUUUCACCACAACAUUAUUUGGGUACGAGUUAACAGAUGAUGAACUUUUAAAAGUGAGAUUUUCACUGGACAGUUAAUUUAAUGACUAAUUCCUGCCGGUACGAUCAAGAAGGGGACAGAAUGAAGAUUUGAAUAACCUUAUGUGAUGAGAUGAUUUUUGUUUCUGCCUUGCUAGUCAUGAUACUAUGGGAAAAUAGACUGUCUGCUGAACCGUAUCAGACAAGGCAGGUAGUGAUGCAAUUUUUAUUUAGGUAAUUUCUCUGAUCCUGAUUCGGUCUCUAUCGUAGCAGUGACUGAGCUCUUCUCUGGCCGCUGAAGUAUGUACUCCGCUCUCUCUGAUUCAUGUGAGUUUCAAAUAGGAGCUGAUUAAUGUACGACUUCAGGAGGGAACCCAGGAAUCGUGCCUGUCAUGGCUGGCUCUGACACUUCAAGGACCAUUUCUUGCAUUUGCGUGUUUGAAGUAUUUGCUCAGCAGUCCUCUGUUGGGUCUCCUGACGAACUGAAUUAUUUUUUUCAAAGACACAACUGACUUUGGAGUAGGAACUUCAAACUCUAGACUUUGGCGCUUUGAAAUCCUUUGUAUCUAACAUGCCACAGACAAAUUGGAGGAUAAGGCCGACUCCCACAAACUUGGAGGGUUGUGGUAUUCUCGUGAAUUUUCUCAGCAUGGAUUAGAGUGUAUAAUUCAGCAGAGCUCUACAAUGUUAACCCUAAAAAAAAACAUUUGCAGUAUUGUAAAUAGUUUGAGUAGAACCUUUAUAGUUUCUGAUGUUCCUGUUAUUGUUCCUUUCAACUCACUGAAGAUAACAUUUGUACAGCAAUUGUUUGAUUGGUUUAAAUGUUGAAUUAUGUAGUGUAAUUUGGGCUCAAUGUUCUAAUUUUUAAGACAUGUCUGCUGUUAUGUUUAGCUUAAUGACAAAGUUUGAUAAAUUGCUAUAUUGUAUAUAAGCUAUGUAGUAUUAACAAUGUGUUUUCAGUGAUUUCUGCAGAUCAGUUUGAUAUUUCAUGAUAUUUAAGUUGGUUUCAUGUCAUUAGAAAAUAUAUAAUAUAUUUUGUUUGUGGGAAAUUGUGAUAGGGUAGAUGGUGUCCCUCUAUCAUUUUGAACUGCAUUUAAGUCAGGGAAAUGAAGUGCAGUGUAAUCACUUUUUCCAUACCUUCAUGUGCCAAUUAUUGCUGCCUUACUGGGAAAGCAGAAACAGAUGUAGAGUUGGGUAUAAUGUGAUCACUGAGAUGUAGUGUAACUAUAGUGUCUAUUACUGAAUCCUGGUUUAUUUGGUUGCUUGACACAUUUUGCACUCAUGUAAAAUAAACGACUAAAGAGAUGUUUCGGAACUUUG